AUGACCUCAUUCACAAACGGACGGAUUGGAUUUAUUGGCAUUCGACCAGCGAACCUUCCAAUUGACGUGAAACCAACUAAAAACUUUCUUCCGAUGUCAUCUACAUUCGGUAUAGAUGAUAAGUGCUUAGUUAUGAAUGGACAAUGUAUUGAUAUAGCGCUGAGAUGGUCAACAUUAUGUCCAAAAAAUACAUUUCAUAUUGAACUCGAUUGUGAUUCUCGUACGAUGCACAUCAUAAGACGUCAAUACUACACUAAUAAUACUCCUCCGCCUAGCAAAUUUAUUGAUUUAACAUUAGCUCCAUUACCAUGGCAACUUUUCAUUGUACUAAGAGAUCAGCAUGAUUAUGUUCGUCUUAUGUUGUGA